AAAAAAAUUGUAAAUAGUUGUUAGAUUACCAAAAAGACAAAAAUGCAUUCAAAUGUUUAAAAAUAGUUAAAAAUGUUCUAUUAAUCGGAUUACUAUUUUCUCAGAAGUGAGGUCCACACCAGCCUCAUCAUGGGGGCAAUGUUUCGCAGUGAGGAGAUGGCGCUCUGCCAGAUGUUCAUCCAGCCUGAAGCCGCCUAUUCAACUGUCUCCGAAUUGGGAGAAGCUGGAACGGUUCAAUUCAGAGAUUUGAAUUCCGAGGUGAAUUCCUUCCAGCGAAAAUUCGUGAACGAGGUCCGACGCUGCGAUGAAAUGGAAAGGAAACUCCGCUACGUCGAAGCCGAAAUCAAUAAAGACGACGUGGCCAUACCUCCUCUAAGCGAGUUGCCAGUCGCACCUAAUCCGAGGGAAAUUAUUGACCUCGAGGCCAGACUGGAGAAGACUGAAAAUGAGAUUAUGGAACUCUCACAAAACGCUGUGAACCUAAAGUCAAAUUUUCUGGAGUUAACGGAAUUGCUUAAUAUUUUAGAAAAAACUGAGCAAUUUUUCGCCGAACAAGAAGCUGCAGUUACCCCAGAUAUGAUGCCUGCAAACGCCGUCCACGAUGAUGGAACCCAACAGGCCGUCAACCGGGGCCGACUUGGGUUCGUGGCAGGUGUGAUUCAAAGGGCCAGGGUUCCAGCUUUCGAGAGAAUGCUUUGGCGUAUUUCUCGAGGAAACGUAUUUUUGAGAAGGGCGGAAUUGGAUAAACCUUUAGAGGACCCCACUACGGGCAAUGAAAUAUACAAAACUGUCUUUGUUGCAUUUUUCCAAGGAGAAGAAUUAAAAACUCGUCUGAAAAAAGUGUGCACUGGUUUCCAUGCAUCUUUGUAUCCUGCCCGAGUGUCCCAGCCGAACGCGAGGAUAUGCUCAUGGUGUCCUAAAUCAGACUCACGACCAUCGUCAUCGCGUUUUAGUGAGCGUCGCAAAAGAAUUAAUGAACUGGAAGAUUAUGGUGCGCAAGAUGAAAGCAAUUUAUCACACGAUGAAUUUGUUCAACAUGGAUGUGACUCAGAAAUGUUUAAUAGGCGAAUGCUGGGUGCCCGUUAA